AUUUAAACAGUUUGUUUCAUGUAUUAUGUAUGUUCGUAUACUUAUCAUUUCCAUAAGUUGAAUUGGUUUAAGAGUACAUUUGCUAAAAGUAGCAAAAAUGAUCUUUUUAGGGAUUUUAAUUUGAACAGGUAAGUAACAUGAUCAAAUUGGGGUUCAUUCUUCUUCCACAUAGUAAUUCAGCCACUGAACCUUGGAACUGUAAGGCCGUCAGCAACCAUCUCCCCCUCUUCCUUUCUCUUUACUUAUGGAUGAGGAAGCCAGGCUCAUUUCAGAGUCACACAGCCAGGUACUUGCAAUGGCGAGGCUAGAACUCUGUUCUCUGGUAUCUUUCUAGCAUACGCCCCUUCUUAUCUGAAAUAAGCGAUGAAUAAAAACCAAAUUGGGGGAGGGGGACAGCCACAGCACAGUCAUUAAGCACUGUGCAGAGGAAGCCUACUCCCACAUGGCCCACCAUCAUUCAAGUCCUGCUUCUUCCAAGUGCUCACUAGCCCACAUGCCCAAGAUCCUCAGGGUAUGAACGAAGCAAAAAUGAUUGUGGUGAGACCAGACCUAGCUGGAGGGGGGCUUUCUUUUUCUCUCUCAAGCCUUCUGGCAUACAAAAAAAACCCAAAAAACAAAAAACCACAAACUAAAUAAAAACCCAAAAUACUUAAAGGCCCAUGUACAUUUACAGUUUAAAAAGUUAAUCCCAUACACACUGAAUGAUGUUAUAUAAUUUUGAUACAAUACUUAUGCUUUUGUUAACAGCAUUACAUUAGCAGGCGUGCUAAAUUUAUAACAAAAUAGUUAUUGUUAUCAUAAGUGGUACCCCAAAUUUCCCCCUCCCCAAAAUUAACCAGAGGCUGUAUUGGGAACAAACAGAAGGACACUUUUCACAAUGAGAACAUUUCCUUUCCCGCAUAUGGGUCCCUUAUCUUAGUUUAUAAUCAAGCCUUGAACAAUUUGGUUGCCGGACCAUCAAGGUCUUCAUGCUGGGAGGCCCACGAAUAAUCUUACAUUCACAACAUAUCCUCUGUGAGAGCAUUUCCCACGUUAAAAUAUAAUUAGCUCCACUAAUAAGUACUGCAAGCAUUGUUGUAUCAUUAGCACGCACCCGGGGCCCUGUUGCACGUGCAUUCCGUCUGUAUGUGUGAUUCUGAGACCUCCCCUGAGGACAUUUUCUUCAUCACUCCAGCAUAAGCACGCCACCACGCACAUGCUCCAGUCUAGUCCGAACAAUGUUUGAACGCUUCGGUUUCCCAAUGGCCGGAAAAGCAGCCUGCCUGAAAAAUGACAAUUUCGGGGCGCUAACCAGUGUUAGUUCACUUUGAAGAGAAGGCAAUUUUCACCUCUGUACUGUGCUUCGGGUUUCUUUUCUACUCAAGCUCACUGAAAACACCAAAGAAAGAAGAUGAAGGGUAAACCAGGCAAUAGAGAGGCCGCUAUUGACUUGGGAGGCCUUACUGUUCUGUACCCCCCACCGCCUCACCCGCUGGCCCUUGUCAGCCCCAGGCCCAGGCUGCAGGGGAUGAACUCUUGACUCCAGAGCAGCAGGAUAAGGGGGAACUGAAAAGCCGCGGAACCAGAGGCGGAAGGAGCGGCGCUGGCGGAGGGAGGAGGAGUGUGGGACCGGCAGGCCUAGCUCCUGGGUGGCGGUGGCGGCGGCGUGGCGAUGGAGCCCCUGCGUGUCCUGGAGUUGUACAGCGGCAUAGGCGGCAUGCAUCACGCGCUCCGAGAAAGCUGUAUACCUGCACAAGUGGUGGCUGCCAUUGAUGUAAACACUGUUGCUAAUGAAGUAUACAAGUAUAAUUUUCCUCACACACAGUUAUUGGCCAAGACAAUUGAAGGUAUUACACUAGAAGAGUUUGACAGAUUAUCUUUCGAUAUGAUUUUAAUGAGCCCUCCAUGUCAACCAUUUACAAGAAUUGGACUGCAGGGUGAUAUGACUGACCCAAGGACGAAUAGCUUCUUAUAUAUUCUAGAUAUUCUCCCAAGGUUGCAAAAAUUACCGAAGUAUAUUCUUUUAGAAAAUGUUAAAGGCUUCGAAGUAUCUUCUUCAAGAGACCUGUUGAUACAAACAAUAGAAAAUUGUGGCUUUCAGUACCAAGAAUUUCUAUUAUCACCAACCUCUCUUGGCAUUCCAAAUUCAAGGCUACGGUAUUUCCUUAUCGCAAAGCUUCAGUCAGAUCCAUUACCUUUUCAAGUCCCUGGUCAGGUAUUGAUGAAAUUCUCCCAGAUUGAAUCUGAACAUCCACAAAAGUAUCCAAUAGAUGCACAAGAUAAGAUUGAAAAAAAGAAAAUUGAAACAAAUAUUUGUAUCAAUAGCACCACACAAAGUUCUGGAAAAGAUGCCAUUCUUUAUAAGCUUGAAACUGCAGAAGAAGUUGACAGGAAACAUCAACAGAACAGUGAUCUCUCUGUACAAAUGCUAAAAAAUUUUCUUGAAGAAAACAUUGACAUGAAUCCAUACUUUUUACCACCAAAAUUAUUGCUGCGAUAUGCUCUUUUAUUAGACAUUGUUAAGCCUACUUGCAGAAGGUCCACAUGCUUUACCAAAGGUUAUGGAAGCUACAUAGAAGGGACAGGAUCUGUGUUACAGACUGCAGAAGAUGUGCAGAUUGAAGACAUUUAUAAAUCCCUUACCAAUUUGUCACAAGAAGAAAAGAUAACACAGUUGUUAAUGCUUAAACUGCGAUAUUUUACUCCUAAAGAAAUAGCAAACCUCCUUGGAUUUCCUCCAGAGUUCGGAUUUCCUGAGAAGAUAACAGUGAAGCAGCGUUAUCGCUUACUCGGAAAUAGUCUCAAUGUUCAUGUAGUAGCUAAACUAAUAAAAAUCCUACAUGAAUAACUUCGAAAUAACUCUGAAAGAUGGUCAUGGUAUUUCUUUAUGUCCAAAUAGUAAUUCUGAAAUUCCAUUUUGAACUAAUUCUUAUAAAAUUCAGCUAAAUUAUUUUAAUUUUUCUUUAGUAAGAUAUUUUGGGAUCAGUUUCUGUCACACAGUGAUUAAGGGAGCCAGAUCCCGUAUGUUGGACUAUGACUUGAAUACCAGCUUUUCAGUGGUUUGGAAAACAUUCUAGGUGCAUAUAUGUGCCUCAAAUUUUGAUGGCAAGGAGGAAUGUUGGUAAAAGGAUUGUGGCAUGACCAUGCCUCACUGAUGGGUGCUUUCUCUCCCAGUCUCUCUAGCAAGCACAUGUACCC